AAGAAGAAGAAGGAAUACAACCGGAAAUCUUAAACACGAAGUUUUUGUUUUGGUGCAAUUUACGCCCUACAGCUGUAGAAAUCCGUUUAACUUGUAGUCUACUAACUUUUUCUAUAUUGGGAUUGUUUGUCGGGAGUUCCAAAAUCAUCCACAGUCAUUUUGACUUCAGCCUGAUAACUAAGGCGGAGGAUAGUUUCUGUAGCCAUAAGCGCUAACGUUAAGAGACCUGUCGGACAAUGAAUCUUUUAAAGAUGUUGUCAGCAUCAGAGUGUUUGUGGUUGUGUCUCGCCGUUCUGAUACCAUCUGCAUCAGCUGAAGGUUCACGAAUCAAAGUGGUUGUACGAGAAGGAAGUGACGCCAUCCUGCCUUGCUCACUCAGCACCAAGGAGAGCAUUGAACAACAUCUGUUUAACUGGAGGAAAGUUGAUCCAAAAGAACAGGAGGUGUUCAGGUACGAUGGAGGCCUUCAUUACUAUAACGGCCUUCCAGGUCAAGACGAGCACUUCAGAGGACGGGUCUCACAUUUUCCACUAGAGCUGCAGUUUGGUAACGCCACCAUCAUCAUCAAAAACACCGUGGUGAAUGACAGUGGAGUCUACACCUGUGAUUUUCCACGUCUGCAGCCAAAACAAACAUUCACCAUUGAACUUGUUGUUGAGGCUGUGAUCAGAGACAGAUCUGGAGAAAUUACUGCAGGUAGAGUAGCAAAAGCAUUUGCUCGGAUCCUGAAAAUCACAGAGGACAAGGCGGUGCUGAAGUGUGAGGUCAGAGAUGCUUCUCCAAAGCCUAAAGUAGAGUGGAGGGACGGCGAUGGAAACAUCCUUCCUGCUGAGGAGCCACAGGUGUCACACACAGGAGAGCGCUAUAACAUCACCCUCCUCACCACUGUGACCAGGACAAACAACAGCCUCUUCCACUGUGUAGCCACACAGGAGGAGCUCAGCCAUGUGACAGAGGAUGAGCUCUACGUCCCUUUCUGUGAAAAACUGUGUAAAGGACAGGACAGGACAUCUGGACAAGAUAUCACUGGAUGGCUGGUUGGAUGGUUCAUUGGAAUACUAAGUUCUGCUUUACUUCUGGCUGGGCUUCUGGCUACAAAGACUAUCUCAGUAUACUCUAACAAAGGCUGCACUGGAAGUGCAAACAAAUCCUCAGAAGAUCCACCAGCACCAGAUUCUGAGACAGGCCCAGAAGAAUUAAAAGUUUUUCACGGUGUUUGCUGGUGAAAAGAGGAUUAAAAUACUGGCUAAACAUCAGUUGGAGCAUGGCCCUUUAUUCUACUUCGAACAUGAAGAACCUUCAGGAGCAGUUACAGUGAAAAACGUGGCCUGUUAUGGAGUGAGCAGCCAGAGCCCUGCACGCCAUGCUUCCAAGAAGACAGCCCACGUGGAAGAGUAGACUGUGAGUUCUUACAUCAGAGAAAUGUUUGAACUGCAUAAAGAGAUCUAAGAAAAAGCCAAAAAGAAAAUUGUAUGGUGUAGAUAUUGUACAUUUGUUCAUUUAUUGAAAGUGUAUUACUGUGCUAAUGUUUAAUAUUUAAGGUAGUGUACUCUAGUUAAGUUUCCUUUUAUUGUUCUAAGUUGUUGGUUCAAAACAUUGUAAUGGAGCAGAGUACACAAGAAACUUAUAGCCUUGAGCAAAUACUUAUAGCCUUAGAAGAAGAAAAGGCACAGUUAGAAAAGAAAUUAGAAACUGAACUUGAAGAUGCAGAAAGAGAAGAAAUUGAAGCACGCAUAGGAGAAAUUCAUGGAGACCUUGAAAUACACAAAAUAGGGCUGCCUCAGCCAUCAUCUCAACCUGACGCAGAGGUGAGACGAACAGACCGUCAAAGGCAACUAACAGAAAAAAUGCGUGAGUUUAAACAGACAGAGAUAACAAGCAAAGAAAGAAAGUUUAUGUCAACAUAUUUAAACUUUAAGGCAGAAAUUCAGCUCACUAGGUCCAAACUUAAAGAAGAAUGUUCUAAAGCAGAAUUAGCUGAAAUGAUCAAGUCAGUAGAAAAAUGUGAGUUGGACCUACAGCAAGAUUAUGUGGCUUUACGUGCACUGACUACACCAUCUCAAGAUAUGAGAAGAAAGAUGGAUAGCUGUACUUCAGUUUCUGCUGAGAUGAUGAUACUUCUGAAAAGGCGUUAUGCAGAUGUUGACAAAGAGUUUGAUGCAUUAGCUGUAAAAGAAUCACUCCUUCAAUUACUCCAAAGAGAAGGUGCAGAAUCAAUUUAUGGCUCAACUGUGUCUAGAGCUGGAAUAAAUAGCCAGCACAGCCAUAGUCAGCAAGGAAGUCAUGUAUCUGCAAGGAAAGCAGAAGCAGCAGCACGACUGGCAUCAAAGCAAGCUGAAAUAAACAGAGAAAUGGAGAUAUCUGCCCGGAGAAAGGAGAUAUUAGCUCAACAAGAGCAACUGAAAAUGUUGGAAAAUCAAAGAGAUCUUGAGGUCAUUCAGGCAGAAUACAAUGUAUAUGCUGAAGAGGAAUCAAAAAUGAAUGCUGAAAUAAGAAAUUGUGAAGUAAGGAGUACUUUGUCUUUCAGUCAGCUUCCUAAACCACUUAGCAGUCCUCCAUGCACCCAAGUUCCUCAGAGCACUGCACCUCCUCACUCUGAAGGUAAAUUCAUUCAGACCUCACAAAGUGUUCACGCCCCUCACUGUGAUACUCAAGUGGGUCCAAAAGAAAGUGAGCUCUCUCUGGUGCAGGCAUUAAAAGAGUCCUUAGCAAUGUCUAGACUUCCAGUACCAGAGCCUUUUACAUUUACAGGAGACCCACUGAAAUUUGUUGAGUGGAGCACUUGCUUUAAGGCGCUUGUCGAGACAAGCUGCACAGAUUCAGCCCAUAAGCUGUUCUACUUGAAGAAGUACAUUGGUGGAGAAGCUCUCUGUGUUUUAGAAGGGACAUUUUAUCGAAGUGACGAGGAAGCUUACAAACAAGCUUGGGAUGCUCUGAAAAAACGCUAUGGACACCCAUUUGUAGUUCAAAGAGCCUUUAGGGGAAAACUAAGCAGUUGGCCAAAGAUUGGACCAAAGGAGUCACUUAAAUUAAGAGAGUUUAGUGAUUUCCUCAUUUCUUGCAAGAAUGCUAUGCCCCACGUCCAAGGCCUCAAGGUUUUAGAUGAUUGUGAAGAAAAUCAAAAAAUAUUGCUGAAACUUCCUGAUUGGGCCACAACCCGCUGGAAUCGUUAUGUCACAAGAUUACUGGAUGAAGAAAAGGCAUAUCCAGGGUUUGCAGAAUUUGCAGACUUUGUGGCUGAAGAGGCGCGUAUAGCAUGUAAUCCAGUUUCUUCUCUGUUUGCCUUAAAAAACACAUUUGAAAAACCUGAGAAAGAACAAAAACGUCUGAAGGCCAGUGUCCUGGUGACAUCAGCAAAUGUGUCUAAGGAUGUGAAGAACACUACUACAGUUCAGAGCAACAGAAAAUCAAAGCCCAACCUUCCCUCAACUCAGAACAAAAGGCAACUUGAGUGUAUCUGCUGCAAGCAAAAUCAUUUUAUCUAUAAAUGUGCAAAGUUUACAGCAAUGCCGCUUGAAGAAAAGAAACAGUUCAUUAGGGACAACAA